AUGGAAGCAGACUCAACAACUUUUGAUACCGACGCAUCGAAUUCGGCGAAGAAUGUUUCGUUUCCAUUUGUUAUAAGCCCAAGCAACUUACUCCUAUACACAGACUUUGUCAAAGAGCCAGGCAAUCUUAUGAACCUUGUGGAAAAACUACAAGCAUUUGGGUUACUUCCUGCACAUAUGCCAUGUCCACUAAAUGAAUCUACAUGUAAUGUUGUUCUGAAGAAUGCCAGAGUGGUUGACAGAGUACAGUGGAUCUGUAAGGGAUGUAAAAGAAGGCAGCCUAUCAGAUCUGGAUCAUUCUUUCUCAAGCUUCAAUGCAGCAUAACCCUAGCAUUACAAUUGAUUUUGGCCUGGUGCGAAGAUGCUGAUGUUAACAUUGUCAGUCAAUAUUUUGAUGUAAAGCCAAGGGUAGCUAUAUCGAUCUACGACAAGCUGGAUGAGCUAUCGGCAGGGGAAAUCAGCAAUAGUAAGCUGGGAGGUGAAGAUGCUGUAGUUUUAUCCGAGAUGUAUCCAGAGUGUUUGAACAGACUGUCACCAGAUACAACAGAUCAACCUCACAUACAUCCAAUACUUAUGCUUGCUGAUACUAAGCACAUCCCAACGCAAUAUAGACUCCAUGUCAUGAAAGAUCAUUUAAAGAAGAUACCUAAUAAGAAUAACGAAGAGUACAUUGAGUCUGAAGUCGAGAAUGUGUUUGAGAAGACACUAGCAAGUGGCUCGCUGGUGGUAGGGGGGCACACAUUACCGCCGAUAGAGGGCGUUCAUACACUAUCGCACUUAACGCAACACUGCGAUGUGGAUAUGCAACGCUUUUUGACCAGCCGUAUAUGGAGCCAAGCCCUUCUACUGUGCAACGCGUCACGUGACCUCUGUACGGGUUCGCCCUCUCUACUGUGCGCUAAUCAAGUACAACGAUAUCUUGACGUGUCCUUAUAUCGUCUGAGACAUAGCGACAGCUUCUACGAACACAUGCUAAACGUUAUCGCUGAUAAGUUCACGGAGAAAGUAGAUGGUGAGAAAGAAGAGUAG